AUUUAACCCAACAACUUGUCGAGAUCUCUUCUUGAUGCAUACACCAGCACUCAUAUAAUACUCUCUUAAUCUCUCCAUUUUCUCUCUCAAGAAAAGAAUCAAUCACAAAUUUUACCUCUUUUUGAUUGUUUAAUCAUUUCUUUUUACAAAUUUACACACGUAUUUGCUGUUUACAUUUCAUUUUCAGCCCUUUUGUUGUUUUUCUCUUAAUGUGGGUUUGGUGAUUCUUGUGACUGGAUGUGUAUUAAGAGAGUGAGUACAAAAGAAGGGAGAAAGGGUAAAGGAAAAUAGAGAUAGGAAGAGAGAAAAAGAAGCCCUCUACUACUUCUUUGAUGGGUGGAUUCGUCGUGUGAAUUGGGGUUUUCCUUCUUCUUCCCUCUCACUAAGUGAUUGAAUUCGUGUCUUGAUUUGGCGAUUCAAAUGGAUACCAAAGGACGACUUGUUGCUGGUUCACACAACAGGAACGAGUUUGUUCUAAUCAAUGCUGAUGAAGUUGGAAGAGUGACUUCUGUCAAAGAAUUGAGUGGCCAGAUUUGCCAGAUUUGUGGAGAUGAGAUUGAAAUAACAGUGGAUGGUGAGCCAUUUGUUGCUUGCAAUGAGUGUGCUUUCCCCAUUUGCAGACCUUGUUAUGAAUAUGAAAGAAGAGAGGGAAAUCAAGCUUGUCCUCAAUGCAAGACUCGAUUUAAGCGAAUUAAAGGGAGUCCAAGAGUGGAUGGUGAUGAAGAUGAAGAUGAAUUUGAUGAUUUGGAUAAUGAAUUUGAUAUUGGGAGCAAUGAGAGGAGAGACCCUCAUGGUGUGGCUGAGGCUAUGCUUUCUUCCCGCCUUAAUAUCGGCCGUGGAACAUCAAAUGUUUCUGGUUUUGCCACCCCUUCAGAGGCGUAUCCGAACCCUGAGAUCCCUCUUCUUACUUAUGGUCAAGAGGAUGAUGGGAUCUCGGCUGAUAAGCAUGCUUUAAUCAUCCCACCGUUUAUGAACCGUUCAAAAAGGAUCCAUCCUAUGCCGUUUUCUGAUACUGCUUCUUCAGUCUCAUUGCCACCUAGGCCAAUGGAUCCUAAGAAAGACUUGGCGGUAUACGGGUAUGGGACGGUUGCAUGGAAGGAUAGAAUGGAAGAAUGGCGGAAAAGACAGAAUGAUAAACUUCAAAUGGUCAAGCACCAAGGAGAUGGUGAUGGCGGUGGGCAUGGUGAUGAAGCAGAUGAUCCUGAUUUACCAAAGAUGGAUGAGGGGAGGCAACCGCUGUCAAGAAAGUUACCGAUUUCUUCCAGCAAGAUAAGUCCAUACCGAAUGGUGAUCAUAGUUCGUCUCGUGAUUCUUGGGCUCUUCUUUCACUAUAGAAUCCUCCACCCUGUCAAUGAUGCAUACGCUUUGUGGAUGACUUCAAUUAUUUGCGAGAUAUGGUUUGCCGUAUCAUGGAUCUUUGAUCAAUUCCCAAAAUGGUUCCCAAUUGAACGAGAAACAUACCUCGACCGUUUGUCACUAAGGUACGAAAAAGAGGGCAAGCCUUCUGAGUUAGCUCCUAUAGAUGUUUUCGUGAGUACAGUCGAUCCGUUAAAGGAACCACCACUCAUUACUGCAAACACUGUGUUAUCAAUCCUUGCGGUCGAUUAUCCAGUGGAGAAAGUUGCUUGCUAUGUCUCUGACGAUGGUGCUGCCAUGCUUACGUUCGAAGCUCUGUCAGAGACAUCUGAAUUCGCACGGAAGUGGGUCCCGUUUUGCAAGAAGUUUAGCAUCGAGCCGCGUGCUCCCGAGUGGUAUUUUGCUCAGAAGGUUGAUUAUCUUAAAGACAAAGUCCACCCUGCAUUUGUCCGUGAACGACGAGCUAUGAAGAGGGACUAUGAAGAGUUCAAAAUACGAAUAAAUGGACUUGUGACUAUGGCACAGAAGGUUCCGGAAGAAGGAUGGACGAUGCAAGAUGGUACCCCGUGGCCCGGAAACAAUGUUAGGGAUCAUCCUGGAAUGAUCCAGGUAUUUCUCGGGCAAAAUGGUGUUCGUGACAUUGAAGGAAACGAGUUACCACGGCUCGUUUAUGUUUCUCGUGAAAAGAGACCCGGGUUCGACCACCACAAGAAAGCCGGUGCCAUGAAUUCUUUGAUCCGAGUGUCGGCUGUAGUUACCAAUGCACCCUACAUGCUCAAUGUCGAUUGUGAUCACUACAUAAACAACAGCAAGGCCCUCCGUGAAUCCAUGUGUUUCAUGAUGGACCCAACGUCCGGAAAGAAAAUCUGCUAUGUGCAAUUCCCGCAACGGUUUGAUGGGAUCGAUCGGCACGACAGAUAUUCGAAUCGCAAUGUCGUGUUCUUUGACAUUAACAUGAAAGGGCUCGAUGGAAUCCAAGGACCGAUUUAUGUCGGAACCGGGUGUGUCUUCAGGAGACAAGCGUUGUACGGAUACGAUGCCCCGGUCAAGAAGAAAGCCCCUGGCAAAACAUGCAAUUGCUUGCCGAAAUGGUUUUGCUGUUGUUUCGGAUCAAGUAAGAAGAAAAGCAAAGGAAAAUCCACGAGGAAGAGCAAGAAAGUUAAGGAGGCUUCGACUCAAAUACAUGCGCUCGAGAAUAUCGAAGAAGGAAUCGAAGCAGGAAUCGAUAGUGAAAAGACGUCUCUAAUGCCGCAGAUAAAGUUCGAGAAGAAGUUCGGUCAGUCUCCGGUGUUUAUUGCAUCGACGCUUCUUGAAGACGGUGGCGUUCCUCCUGGGGCAACCUCUGCAUCACUCUUGAAAGAAGCCAUUCAUGUCAUAAGUUGUGGUUAUGAAGAUAAAACCGAAUGGGGGAAGGAGGUUGGAUGGAUUUAUGGUUCGGUGACUGAGGAUAUUUUGACGGGGUUCAAGAUGCAUUGCCAUGGUUGGCGAUCGGUGUAUUGUAUUCCAAAGAGGCCGGCAUUUAAGGGUUCGGCUCCAAUCAAUCUUUCGGAUCGUCUUCACCAAGUUCUUAGGUGGGCCCUGGGGUCCGUCGAGAUCUUGCUGAGUCGGCAUUGUCCCAUAUGGUACGGCUAUGGCUGUGGUCUAAAGCCAUUGGAAAGGUUUUCUUAUAUAAACUCGGUCGUGUAUCCUUUGACAUCCAUUCCGUUGGUCGCUUAUUGUACUCUUCCAGCCGUCUGUCUUCUCACCGGAAAGUUUAUCGUUCCUGAGAUAAGCAACUACGCAAGCAUUCUGUUCAUGCUCAUGUUUUUGUCGAUUGCGGUCACAAGUAUCUUGGAGAUGCAAUGGGGAGGUGUGGCUAUAGACGACUUAUGGAGAAACGAACAGUUUUGGGUUAUCGGUGGUGUCUCGGCUCAUCUGUUUGCUCUGUUUCAAGGUCUGCUGAAGGUGUUGGCGGGUGUGAACACCAACUUCACGGUGACGUCAAAGGGAGGAGACGAUGGUGAAUUCUCGGAGCUGUACGUGUUCAAGUGGACGAGCCUGUUGAUCCCACCAUUAACCCUGUUGAUAUUCAACAUAAUCGGGGUGAUAGUUGGGAUUUCGGAUGCAAUCAGCAACGGGUACGAGUCAUGGGGUCCGUUGUUCGGGAGACUGUUUUUCGCGAUAUGGGUGAUACUUCAUUUGUAUCCUUUCUUGAAGGGUAUGAUGGGAAAACAGAGCGGGGUACCGACGAUCAUCGUGGUGUGGUCGAUUCUUUUGGCGUCGAUCUUGUCUCUAUUGUGGGUGCGGGUGAACCCGUUUCUCGAUCGAGGGGGUAUCGUGUUGGAGGUAUGUGGGUUGGACUGUGACUGAUAAUAGCCAGCCAUAGCCAAUUAGGCAUAGUAGCAGGUACAGAAGAAGAAGAUGAAGAAGAAGAAGAUGUGAAAUUGGAAAUGAAUGUGUGUAGAUAAACAAGGUUUAUAUUUUGUUUUGUUUUUGUUUUUGUUUUUGUUUUUGUUUUUAUUUUUGUUUUUGUUUUAAUUGAUUCAUUUAGAUUUUUGUGAGGUCUAAGGGAAAGGGAUGGAAUUGAGGUGUAAUCCCCAUAAAACAACAAAGUAA